GCUUCUCCUUUAAGCAGGGCCGGCCUGGCUCGCUCGCGCUUUCCCUCCCUCGCAGGGCCCGCCUCCUCAAGCACGACACGCCGCUCUGAUAGCGAAGCCUCUUUUUAAUUGAGACUGUCAGGCUGAAUUCACGAUGGAGCGAGAGGGGGAACGUAGCGGAUACUGGAGCAGCAGCCCAGCCGCCUAAAUCCGACCAAAGAACGGCAGCUUUUCCAAGGGGAGGGCGGGCUGCCAGCGGCGCCUGGCAAUCCGUAGCUCCGCCGAGGAUCUUCCUCCCCAGAAGUGGGAAGAGGAGCUGGAGGAUUCGCUCCCCCGCUGGCUAGUAGAAGGGAAGCGGACUGGCGGCGGACAGGAGAGCGGGCGAACCAGCGGAACGCCGACCGCUUUGAAGCGGCCGGGGCGCGACACUCCGCGAACCCUUUAGCCUAUCGCUGCUUCGGGUCGCCUUUUUUCCUUUUUGUUCACUUUCCUCCGACGCUUCGCUUCUGGGUGGGUUUGGAAACGGCGGCGGAACGUUUCUCCCCCCGAGAUUGACUGGGUUUCGGCGCGCGCGCCCCUGCUCCCCCCGCUCCUUCGGUCCUCGCCCCCUUGUUGUGCGAUCCUCAUGAAAAAUCAUAUCUGGGGCAGCACCCCCCGGACUCCCAUGGCUGCAGCGAUGCCGUGGAAGAGCGCGGAGUGGCUGCAGGAGGAGCUCGAGUCCAGCGGGGGCAGCUCGCUGCUGCUGCUCGACUGUCGGCCCCACGAGCUGUUCGAGUCCUCGCACAUCGAGACCGCCAUCAACUUGGCUAUCCCGGGCCUGAUGCUCCGGCGCCUCAAGAAGGGUAAUCUGCCCAUCCGCUCCAUCAUCCCCAACAACGAGGACAAGGAACGCUUCGUCAAGCGCUGCAAGGCAGACACCGUCCUGCUGUACGACGAGUCCACGGCUGAGUGGCAGCAGGACGGCGGGGCCCCCACCUCCGUCCUCGGCCUUUUGCUACAAAAACUCCGCGACGACGGCUGCAAGGCGUAUUACCUGAAAGGUGGAUUCAAUAAAUUUCAGACUGAAUAUUCAGAGCAUUGUGAAACCAAUCUCGACAGUUCUUCUCCUGCCAACUCUCCGCCUGCCUCUGUCCUUGGUCUGGGGGGGCUGAGGAUAAGCUCUGAUUGCUCAGAUGGAGAAUCUGACCGAGAGCCCAGCAGUGCCACAGAGUCUGAUGGGAGCCCAAUCCCAAACAACCAGCCGGCUUUUCCUGUCCAGAUUCUUCCCUAUUUGUAUCUGGGUUGUGCCAAAGAUUCCAGCAACUUGGAUGUCUUGGGCAAAUAUGGCAUCAAGUACAUUCUGAACGUCACUCCCAAUCUUCCCAACAUGUUUGAGCACAAUGGAGAGUUCAAGUAUAAACAGAUUCCCAUCUCAGAUCACUGGAGUCAGAAUCUCUCCCAGUUCUUUCCUGAGGCCAUCGCUUUCAUUGAUGAGGCCCGUUCCAAGAAGUGUGGCAUUCUAGUCCACUGCCUCGCUGGCAUUAGCAGGUCUGUAACAGUAACUGUGGCCUAUUUAAUGCAAAAGCUCAAUUUGUCGCUGAAUGAUGCCUAUGACUUUGUGAAAAGGAAAAAGUCCAAUAUUUCCCCCAAUUUUAACUUUAUGGGACAGCUUCUGGACUUUGAAAGAACUUUGGGAUUGAACAGCCCAUGUGACAACCGCUCGCCUGGGGACCAGCUGUAUUUUACCACCCCAACCAAUCACAACUUGUUUCAGCUGAACACAUUGGAGUCCACAUGAAGGAGAGUUUGAUGGGAGAACCUCAAACCUUGAAUAGCUUCUCUUGAGCAUUUCAAAUUCAUUCAUGGAAAACGUUUUUCCAGUCAGCUUUGAAAGAACUGGUUUCUCCAAGCAAAGCUGUCUGGUUGCUGCUUAAUUGAAAAGGUGUGCACCAUUUAUUAGUAUUCGGAUGUGAAUCCAAAUGGUCCAGAAGAGUUACUUUAUUCACCAGAAUUAUUUGAUGUGGGGGAUGGCCUGACAUUCUGAAUGCAGCUGUUACUGGCAAUAACUGUUUUCUGAUACGUGUAGAGACUGAGACAAUACGCACCGCACAUGCACAUGUACCACACGCACGUGUAUUACUGGAUCAGUGUGGGUUGGCUUGGUGUGGAAAGUAAAGAAGACUUGUGCACUUAGCAAACUUGACCAAUAAGUGUUGGCCUGAGACUGUUCUUUUACAUCCCAGUUUACUUUUUUAAAAAGACGUAAUCGUAACUCUUUCUUGGGUUCAAACUCUUUUUUCAAUAUGUACGUUCCUGACUGUUUGUACAGACCAGGUUGCAAAACCAGUAUUUUAUUCUGUUCUUGUUCAAUUUCAUGUUUUUUAGAUAUGAGA